AUGGCCUCGACCGCAGAGAUCCUAGAGGACAUAAUGACACACCCACCACCUGCUCCUAAAGCUAUAGCAUACAAUUAUCUGGUCCCCAAUAUCCGCGGGCUGGAAAACAUGGUCAAGAUCAUUGAAGCCAGAAGCGGCAACAACACCACCGUCCAAUCCCAGGACGCAUACCCAACACCUCCCCCAUCACCACAGCCAGACUCAGCCGCGCCCAUAACAUCCUCCUCCGACCCCAAUCCCAUGCCUUCAGACCCUCCCGUCUCACCUGCCCACAACAACACCCACGAAAUCAGCCUCUUCGCCGCCGCAACCGAAACCUUCUCACACAAGAACACAAACUGCAGCAUCGCCGAAUCCCUCUCCCGCUGCACCCCCGUCUUGGACCUCGCCCGCCAACACAACAUUCGCGUGCGCGGGUACGUCUCCGUCGCACUCGGCUGUCCGUACGAAGGUCCCGAUACAGAUCCACACAAGGUCGCCGAGCUGACUGCGAGUUUGCUGGAAAUGGGGUGCUACGAGGUAUCGGUAGCGGACACGACGGGGAUGGGGACGGCGCCGAAGACGCGGAGGUUGUUAAAGGUGUUGAAGGAGGCGGGGAUAUUGGAUGAGGAUCUGGCGUUGCAUUUUCAUGAUACGUAUGGGCAGGCGCUGGUGAAUAGUGUUGUGGGUUUGGAGAGUGGGGUGAGGGUUUUUGAUAGUAGUGUUGGUGGGCUGGGGGGUUGUCCUUACAGUAAGGGGGCGACUGGUAACGUAGCGACCGAGGAUCUUCUGCAUCUGGUGCAUAGUCUGGGCUGUGAGACUGGCAUCGAUAUGGUCAAAAUGGCCGAGAUUGGGCGAUGGAUCACAGGAGAGAUUGGCAAGGCGAACGACAGUAGAGCUGGUAAGGCUACGCUUGCACGUUUGGACCUGUAG